CCUUGGCGAAUAAUUUAGCGAAAAAUUUACGGAAUUUCUUUUUAUUCGUAAUCUAAAGUGCCGAACGAUAUCUAGCUUAUCAAAAUAUCACUCGAACCAACUAAUCAGUCGCUUUGGUGUUCUUAGAAUGAUAUGUAGUGCGUAAAACAUCAUGUAAUCGAUUAUUCCACAAAACUGAACACAAUAACAAAACUAUAACGCGUGUUUUUUUAGUGUACUCAUGAACUUUUUUCCGAAAACAUUGAUAAUUUUCUAAAAUAGUUUGGAGACCACUAAAUACUCUAUACUCCCCAAUAACCUUAUUAUAAUAAAUGAAUAAAAUACAAUUAUAGAUGUACUUGGAUAUGGUAGAUAAUUAUGUAUAUUAGUGUGAUAUUAUGACAGCAGAUUUUCCAUUGGAAGUGAGUGGAAAAUGAAUAUACCCCAUAUUACGGAUAAAUACUAUAUUACAUAUGGUAUAUUUUAUUUGUUGGGUAUACUUACCUUUAUACCCAACUACUUUAUCAUUACUGCCAGUACGUACUGGCUGUUCAAAUUCCGAUAUGUCGGAAUUAGGAGUCCCGUUACCGAUCCAGACAUAUUUCCUGGACCCCCCACCGAAAGGAAUACGCUACAGGCCAGCUUCGUGGCAACGUACUAUAUCAUCACGCAGUUAUCUCUCAUAGUGUUCAUAGUGCUGACCGCGGCCUAUUCCAAAAAACUACCCCCACCAGAAAAACGUAUUACAGCUGCCCUACUAUGUUCCUUGGUAUUCUAUAUUGUCAAUUUGAUAUUUGUCAAUAUCGUCACAGAUACUUUUCAAAUAGCCUUCUUCCUAAUCGUAAUGUGCAUCGCUUGUUUUUUAGGAAUUUGCGGUGCAGUAAUCAUAGUCAGCUUAUUUGAGAUGGUCAGUAAUUUCCCUUCAGAAUAUUACUCUGCCAUUUUGACAGCUCAAGCGUUGUGCGGUGUGAUAUCGGCUAUAAUUCAAAUUAUAACCAUCAGUCUUAGCAGUGAUUCCCCCAUGCUAGGAGGAUUCAUAUUUUUUGGAAUCGGUACUGCAAUGGUCUGUGUGACAUUAUCCAUCUACACAUAUUCCAAAAAAAAUUCGCAAUACUUCAUCUACCAUGUCGGUAACGAUCCCAUGGAACAUACCGUGCAACCAAGUCGUAGAUUCCUGGUAAGGAUGUGGACCAAAGCCAAACAUCCCUUGAAGAACACCAGAAUCUACAUGAUCUCAUUGGUUAUAGUGUCCGGUACCACCGCAAUAAUGUACCCUGGUGUGAUGUCACUAGUCGUUGCUGAACUUAGUGACGGAAUUAGUGAUAACAAAUGGGCAGAGUUCUAUUUUGUCCCCGUGGUAACAUUCCUAGUCGCAAACCUUUGCGAUUUAAUUGGAAGACACUUGGCAACAAAAAUAAAACAGCCUAACCACGAAUGGGUGGUGUUAGCAAUCGCGAUCCUUAGGAUAGGAUUUAUUCCGCUGUUGACUUAUUGCAACGUCCAGCCAAGGUUUCACAUACCAGUAUUAUUCUAUGACGUGCCAUACGUCAUGUUUACGAUUUUAUUUAUGUUUUCGAAUGGAUACCUUAUUAAUCUGUGUAUUGUUACAGUCCCUACGAGUGCUCAAAACGGCGAAGAAAAAUCUCUAAUUACAGUCAUGACUGUACUGUCUGGAGUUUUUUCAACGGCAAUGUGUUCCUUCCUAUCUUUAAUGUUUGUACAUAUUGUAUGAGUCUCAAAAAAAAUAUUAAUUUUAAGAUUAGAAAUAAAUACUAUUAAGGAAGUGAGA